GUCGCUCAGAGUCCAAGAGUGGCUGGUAAAUCUGGAAAACAAUUUCCAAGUUCCCUUCCAAAUCCAGCCUUGAAGAUGUGGACCGGGGUUGUGUUUUCCCUGUUGCUUCCUUUAUGUCUGUCCGAUCAUGGGAAUUCCAUUUUAAAAGAGAGUGGUGCUGAAAUAGCACACAUAUACCUGCUCAGUAAUGAAAAGCAUUGUGAACAAGCCUGUAAAGGUUCAACAGAUGCAGAUAAUCCUUACUGCUGGUCGGUGCUGUAUCAGAGCCACUGUGUCCUUCUCCGCUGUCCUCAGCUGAGUGCAUGUCAGAAUACCAGCAGACAAGAUAUUAAAGAGCUAAUGGGAGAAUUUGUGAGUCGUAAAAGAAGAGAACAUGAUGCAUCCCAUGAGAUAAAUAAUACAGGAAAUGUGAAUAAAGAGUUAGAUGUACUGAAGAGUACCGAAUCAGUUAAGAAACCCACUGAAGUGCCUCUUUUAUUAAUAUCAAGGACUAUAAUGGGAGCUGCUGCACUCAACUCAACAAACAAUGCCAGUUUAGCAAAACAAAAUACUUCCAGUUUGACAACAACCACUACCAGCCUUGUGAACACUAGUGUCUCCCAAGAUGUUGCAAGAUCAACAGCUAUAACCAAUAUUAGUAACAGCAUGACUAAAACCCAGAAUAAUUCAGCUGCUAGUGUCCUAAAUAACACCCUAAAUAUUCCAAGCAGCCAUCCUUGGUUAACUCCCACAAAAGGAGCAGACAGUACUACUGACAUUGCAAGUACUACAAAAGCAAAAGGGACCUACGAGAGUAAAUUAAUAUCAGGAGUACCUGAGAAAACAAUAUCAACCGAAUUGCUUCCCAGAACGAUGACUACCGCUAGUUUGACUACAAUAGCAACUUAUCCAGUGCUUCCCACAACUAGCAUUCCUGCACCAGUUAACGUUGGAAAUGGCUCUCAGUCAGCGGUAAACUCAUCUACAGUUGCAGCCACCCUCAAGCCGCCAGCAUCAACAGCCAAAAGCACGAUUCAUACAGUUGCAAGUACAACAAUGACAGCAACUUCUGCAGUAACAAUAAAGUCAGCUGAAUUCACAACAGUUGCAACAGAUAGGAUAAAGCCUACUUCAAAUAAAGUAAUUCCUCCUGUGUUUACUAAAGCUGCUAACAUCACCACUCCACAGCAAAUACUUUCUACUAGUCAACCACUGAAGGGGACAACAUCUGUACAACCCUUGUCAAUACUCACAAGUACAAAUCCAAAAAUGUCAUCCAAACCAACAAGUACAAUACAAAGCAAAAACCAGAAAGAUGCAGAUGGAGAAAACAGCUUUCGGCAAGUAGACGUCAGUUUGCUCUUAGCAGUGCUUCUGUUUGGUGUUCUGUUCUUUGUAACAAUUGUCAUCUUAUUUGCCAUACAAGCCUAUGACAGCUACAAAAAGAAAGACUACACUCAAGUGGACUACCUGAUCAAUGGGAUGUAUGCAGACUCAGAGAUGUGAUGAAACCUAUGUAGUUUCUGAUGUGAAAGCAAUAGAAAUGAAAAGAAAUACAAUACCCAUGCACACAAAUAGAUAUCUGAAUCUAUAUAUGAAUGAAUACGACUUUAUUGGGGCAAGUAGAAAGCUAAAGGUGGCUUGUCGUUCAGUUCUCUGUUUUGCCUAUAAGACCACCUGAAAGUGCUUCCAAAUUACUUUUCAUGCAAUGAAGGAGAAAUGCCAUGUAUCAUGCUUUUAAAGUACUUUUUAAAAAAACCUCACAGUUAAAAGGUGCCAUUAAUGUAUUAUUUCUCAAGCUACAGUAUUGCUUCUGUUGUGCUAGUUUUGUCUGCUAAUGCAAAGGGGUGUUGAUGUUGCAAGUCUUCCCAAAUGGUUUCUUCCUGAUUCCUGAGAUUCUGUUCAUCCCCUAUUUACUCCUAUACAACAAAUGGAGAAAAGGUGUUUUUUUUUUUUUACGUGCCAAUUUUCCUGAAACUUCCAGCUGGCAUGAAGACUGUUAGCUGUUAAUUACAAACAAAUGGCCAAGGAUUAGCAGCACUAGCAUAAGUGGAACAGUACAAAAGAGUGCCAAAAUCUUUUGAGACCCUUUCCUUAGGUAUGAUAUUCUUCAUUUAGGUACGUUUUAAAACCAUCCUGGAAUUGCUAAGCAUUCUCAUUGCUUUAUCCUGGAGGCAAUAUUUGUUAUAAGGUUAGAAAAAUUAAUUGUUAAAAAUGUAUUUACCACAGUCUGUUUAAUGCUAUACUAUUUCCUAAUCAUGUUGUUUCUGCACCUUUUAUAUGAUUUUAUUUUUGUAUCCACUCACUUAAAAAUUGAGGCCUGGAGUCAAUGUCAAGGUUUGUUGGCUUUGUUUCUUCCCUCCUUGAUGUCUGUUUCUCACAAGCAUUUGUAUAACAUGAAUUCACAUGGUGACGCCAUUAUUUUUCUCCAAAGCUCUUAGGAUCUUCUUCAACUUGAUCAAACCAUUCACAAUCAUUUCCUUUCAGUAAAUUUUUCCAAAUUCAAAGUCUCUUGGUUCCAGUGUUUUGCAUAUGACUUCUUAUAUGAAAGUAUAUUACCGGUAGUUUGUAUUUUAACAAUACUUGUAAAGAUGGACACAUGAGGAGGCUUAGUACUUCUUUUAAACCUCCAUCCUUUUCUAGAUCCAUUCAGAAAGAAAACAUUGCCCCUGCA